AUGAAUGAGACUCAGACCAGGAGAGCUGUAGCAGGUGAGUCGAUAGACGCCGGUGUGAGGCAGGAUUCGGGUCUCGAGAAAAGGGAUACGGUGGAGAGGCAAGAGCAGCAAGAGCAAGGCAGUAACAGCGCGAGCGGCGGCAGCGGUAGUGGCAGCGGCAGCGGUCAUGGCCAUGGCCCAACACACAGCGGCAAGAGGAGGAUAAAGGCCUCUCGGGCUUGUGAUCAGUGUCGUAAAAGGAAAAUCAAGUGCGACUACAACGAAGACAAAGGGAUAUGCACCAAUUGUUCCAAGAAUGGAGAGAAAUGCGCGUUCGACAGGGUUCAGUUGAAAAGGGGACCAUCCAAGGGAUACACCAGGAGUGAGAGCAGACCUAGGUCACGCUCAACUUCCAGCGAUGGGAACAACAACAUUAAUAACCCCGGCAGUGCGCAUGGAUUGUCAUCCCCUUCGUUGAGGGCGCAGUCUGUACUGCUGCCGCCUCUGGCGCAGUACCUUCCGCAAGCUAAUACGGGACCAUUGAAUACUAGCGGCGGCGCAAACAAUGCAAACAACAAUGCGAGCAGUAACCACAAAAAUGGUAAUUUAGGCCAGCAACAGUUUUGGAAGGUACCGUACCACGAGUUUAACAAUUCAAGAAGAGGUUCCAUUGAUUCGUUACAAAGUGACCUGUCCAUCAAGAAUUUGAAUACUCCUAUCGCUGAUCAGCAAUUACUCUACGCGACACCAAGUGGGUCUUCAUCUCAUGGAUAUCAGCCUCCGAAUAUUAUUAAUAAUGGAUCAUUCCAUAAUGAUCAAAGAGCGAGCUACUCCUCUCUUACAAAUAGGACCGCUCAAUCACAUGUAUUCUCUGAUGAUAUUGAUGAAUUACGCAGAAAAUCUACGUCAUUUCCACCAAUUUUAAGAAAUCCUUCGAAUGCAAGCAUGAUAAAUCAGCAGCCGCAACAACAGCCGCAACAGCAACCGCAACAACAAAAUUUGUAUCCAUAUUCUCAAUUUUCUCAGCAGAGACCUGCCAUGGCCUCAUCCCUUUCUUCUUUUAGCCAGUUCGGCGUCAAUGGAUACCAAUCAAGACAGGGAUCCGUUGCUAGUGAUGCUAUGUCACCAGGUGCUCCUGUUAUUUAUCCAGGCUUUUCGGCAACGAACAAUAAUACAGCAAAUCUUACUUUACCAAUAGCCACUGUCGACGAGACAAAAAGAUUAGUACCUGAUUUACUACAACAGCAGCCAUUGCAACAAAAUGAAACAAAAUUGAUGCCACAAGUAUUACAACAAGCGCAGCAAAUGCAACGGGUCCAGCAAACACAACAGGCUUCACAAACUAGAAUUUCUAAAAAGAAUGGCGAUAUAAGAAAGUCUGGAACAAAGAAGAAACGGAAAUGUGCACCUACACAUAAGAGAUCGCAAAGUUCGAGUAGUAAUAUAUCGAUGAAUUCUAACAAAUCUUCCGUUUCUUAUGCAAGCGAUAGUGCAUGCGGGAUAUCAAGCUUGAACCGUGGCAUUGUUUAUGGUCAAAUAUCUGAUGUUGAUCUUAUUGAUUCCUAUUACGAAUUUGUACACACAGGUUUCCCAGUUAUACCAUUGAAUAAGAAAACUUUAACUAAUGAAAUUCUUUUGGUGAAUACACAACCAAUAUCGGCAAUUCACGAAGUUAAUAAUUACGUGAUAGUCUGGUUUAGAAAUUCUCUAGAGUUAUUGAUCAGAGUUUCUUUGAAGAAGAGAUAUAAUAAUUUUUUCGACGGCGGUGGCAUCAAUAAUGACAAUAUUCAGGGCAGUGAUACCACGAAAAACCGUACCUAUGGUGAAAGUGAUAGCACUACUGAUAACAAUGGAAACUAUAAUGAUAAUGAUAACGAUAAUGAUAAUGAUAACAAUAAUAAAAAAUCAAAUAGUAAUAAUAAUAUCAAUGGAAUUGAUGAAGAAGCCUUAGAAAUUAAAGCAGUAUUCAUAAAUGCAUUGAAUGAAUGUUUACAAAAAAUUGUUGAUGUUCAUCCUCGAUUUCGAGAAAUCAAGCAACAAGUUUCAAGAAAAAUAAAAAUAAUAUACCUGUCAACUUUUAUCCUCCUGAACUAUAUUUUGGCGAUUGUUGGAUACGAUAAUUCCUUUGUAUUGGGGAUGUCAGUGACAAUUUUCAAAGAGUUCAAAAUACAUGAAUUGCUAUUAUUCGAUUCUUUCGAAGAUAGCGAUUACCAUAAUGAUCAUCGUAAAAGUGUUACAGACCCCGAUAAGGAUCAGAGUGAUAACCAUUCCAAAAGUUUAAUAGUCUUUAAAAGAUUAUAUGUCAUAUUGAUUAUUUUCGAUUCUUUACAAAGCUGUCUGUACGGUGGGCCAAAAUUGAUCAACAUUCCGAUUCAUGGCAGUACGGAAAGUUUUUUUGUGUCUGACGAUGCAAAGUGGGCUGUCGACGAGAGCUCUUUUAGGAUGAAGCCGAUUCUUAAAAGUAUCAAACUAGGGGAACUGAUAAAUGAAAUAGCAAUGAAUAGACGGUCAAUCUGUGACAUAAAUGGUGAAAAAUUAAUCUGGCAUCCAGACUCUGAAUUCCAGAUAAAUGAAGCAAAUGAAGAUCUCCGAGACGAUGACGAGACGGAGAUAUUGACGUUGGCUGAGCUAUUUCACGAUUUUCUGCUAACAAAGAUUAACAUCACAAAUGCGCUAUUGACUUUGAAGUAUGAAGUCGAACUAAUAUCUGAAGUAACCAAAUCGCUAUGUGACUUGAUUUCCUUGACCUUGAAACUGCUGAUGCUACUGAUCAAACUGAAUCCAACCAACCGAAUCGAUUAUAAUUUUAGACCCAUGGAAAACCAUCCGCCAGAGCAUCAGCAGCAGCACAACCUUGACCAGGAAGAAAAUUACGCUAAUAAUAUCGGCAACCACCACGGCAAUGAGAUCUACCAACGGUUACUGGGGCUGCAGCAAAACAGGAAAAACGAACAAUCCAAUUUGCUCCGCGGCGUCGUAUCUCCGUACUGCGUAUGUAUAGUCGAUGAAGUAUCGAAUGUUAUAGAGCUGAUCAAACAACUUCCGACCUCGUUAAUUGGCCUCGCCGUGCAGAACACUUUGGGAAACCAUCCCACGAUAAAACCUCAAGACUUGAUAGUGCAACUGUCGAAUUCCAUGAAUAAUAUCGUAACGAUCACAAGUCUGUUGAAUAUGAUGAAACCUUUCAAAUUGCAAGAUCAGCAGCAAAGUGAUGUGAGCUAUGCAGCUAAUCGCCGUAAGUAUACCGACGCAGAAAGCGUCAUGAAACAGGUGUACCGGUCGAAAUGGCUACUAAACAAGAAAGAGAUCCCCUCGGAACCCCCCGGUCUUCAAGGUUUUAUAGCCAUUGGGUGGAAACUGCUUGACGACUCGGAGCUGGGUUGGUGCUGA